CGAUACUGGUUUUAUCGGCAAGAAGAAAUUUCCAGAAUUGAGGAGAAAAAUUAUUUGCCAGGGAGUAAACGAGUUAUCGUUAAGUUUUCAAAAUGACUGAGCUUAUCCACUGCUACAACAAAGGGUGUGGUCAAAAGUUUGAUCCAACUAGCAACGAAGACGAUAGUUGUACUUAUCACCCUGGACAACCUGUGUUCCACGAUGCACUGAAGGGCUGGUCCUGUUGCAAGAAACGCAGUACAGAUUUUACAGAAUUCCUCAAUACACCGGGUUGCUCAAAAGGAAAACAUAGUAAUGUUAAACCUCCAGAACCAGUCAAAGAGGAGAAAAACAACAAAGAUGAGGUCAUUGAAGUUAAGAUGCCAGAGCCUAAGAAGCCUCGGGACCCCUCAGCUAGACCCUCCUCAGAUGAACCUCUGGUCCCCCUCAGUGUAAAUGUCACAUCCUCCCUAAAACAGGCCCUGGAAAAAUACAUGGAAAAUGUCAAUCAACAAACAACAGAGGAUAAAACUGACUCAACAGAAGUGAAAGUUGGCACAUCAUGUAAAAACAAUGGAUGCAAGGCAUGUUAUGAAGGAGAAAAUAGUAACACAGAGAGAUGUUUAUAUCAUCCAGGUUUUCCAGUGUUUCAUGAGGGCAUGAAGUUUUGGUCUUGCUGCAACAGAAAAACGUCAGAAUUUGACCAGUUUUUAGCUCAGGAAGGCUGUGAAACGGGAACGCAUUUAUGGAUCAAACCAGAGGUGGAAGGAGAGAAGAAGUCCUGUCGGUUUGACUGGCAUCAGACUCCCUCCACUGUCUCUCUGUCUGUCUUUGCCAAAGUUGCUGUUCCUGAGAAAUGUUCAAUAACUGUCAACAGGGUGCGCUGUGUCAUCAAAAUCAUAUUUGAAGGAGGAAAGAGUCUCUUUGAAAGAGAUAUAAUACUGAGAGAAGAAAUAAUUCCAGAGAAAAGCACAGUGAAAAUGAUUGGAACAAAAGUAGAAAUAAAUUUAAAGAAGGCAGAAGCGUUCAGCUGGCCAACUCUUGAAUUUCCCGAUAAUGCUCCAGAGAAAAAAGAAUCUCAAAGUUGAGAUCAAACUAAACAGUUAACAGCUAGGAGAUGAGCAAUAAACAACAGACAUUGUGAUAACAGAGCAUUUAUAAAUUAAAAAUAAAAACUGCUCUAAUAAUGCAAGGAUUAUUUAUUUUUAAUGUGAAUUAUUGGGGUCAAUUCACUGAUCUUGUUACAGUGGCUCAUUUUUUUGAAUAAUAGGGUCUUAUAUUAAUCCUACGAAGAGUUGUAUUUUCUCCCCUACAAAACUGUACCUGGCUUAUGUGUCAUGAAUCCAAGGUACGAAUUAUUACAUAAACUCCUAAAUCUGAUAAAAUACAUAAUGUCAGUGUUAUUUACUAAACUUAUGACAGUGCAU